CACAAAAACCUAACCCUAAGCUUCAAUCCUCUCCAUCUCCUCUGAGAAAUCCGCGCAAUUGGGAGAGGAAAAGCGACCGUGGGUCCGAGAGCACCGGCGACACUCAUCGCUAGCAAGAGAGAGAGAGAGAGAGAGAGAGAGAGAGAGAGAGAGAGAGAGAGAGAGAUUGAAGAGAGGAAAUAAGAAAAGGGUGAUGCUAUAAGCCUACCUGCCAAAGCGCGCCACGAUCGGUUGGAGCUGUGGUGUUGCCCGUGUUGAUGACGUGCGUGGCAAGAAGAAGUGCUUGGCGCUAAAGCCCUGACAUGCACAUACAAGAUAGAGACGUGAGCUUCUGAGGAAGAUCCGUAUGCAAGGAGAUGGCUGAGACGGAGGAUCCGCGCGCGACCAAGGGAUAGGAGGGGUGAUCUCGCUACAGAAGAAGAGCAUGAAGCGCCGAUGGGUGUGAUAGCGAUGAAGUGCGCCCCAAAAACCGGGAUGCAUGUGUCGCUGACCCAACAGGUGCAGCAGGUCGAGGACACAUACGAGCAGCUGUCACUGGCUCUCGGGGAGGCGGCGGCAGCCAACCUGUUCAGCAGGUCGGUGUUUUUUGUCUCGAUCGGGAGAAACAACUUCAUCCAUUACCAUCUGCGCAAUGUGUCGGGUGUCCAGAUGCGUUACCUACAACGGGAGUUCAAUCAGCUCCUUGUCAACACAGUGAGGCAGGAAAUCAAGAACUUGUACAACAUCAAUGUUCGCAAGGUCAUACUGAUGGACCUACCUCCUGUUGGUUGUGCACCUCAUUUCCUCGAGGAGUAUGGCAGUCAAAAUGGAGAAUGCAUUGAUUAUAUCAACAAUGUUGUGAUUGAGUUCAACCAUACCCUGAGUUACAUGUCCAGCGAGUUCAUCCGCCAUCACCCGGAUUCUAUGAUCAGUUAUUGCGAUACUUUCGAGGGGUCUGUGGACAUACUAAAUAAUCGUGACCGCUAUGGUUUUGUCACCACUACUUAUGCUUGUCGUGGGCUGGGCAAGUAUGGAGGCUUGAUCAUGUGUAUUCUUCCAUAGAUGGCAUGCAAUGACGCAUCAAGCCAUGUCUGGUGGGACGAAUUCCACCCAACAGAUGCUGUCAACUGAAUCCUGGCAGAUAAUGUGUGGUCUGGUAAGCACACCAAGAUGUGCUAUCCUAUAGACAUGCAGGAGAUGAUAAAACUGAAGCUGUAGGACCAACUUGAAUCUCCAUUGCAGUUACUUGCUCAACAUACGUGUUUCUUGACAAAGGACCUGUGGGGGUUACACAUUGAAAUGCAUGGCUUGUGAAUUACAAAGGUUUAUACAGAUGGACUUGUCAGUUUUAUAUAGCUCACGUUACAUGCAAGUGCGUGCUUGUUCUAUGUAAAUGCACUGUAAAAGAUCUGUAUGGUCAUACUGGACAUAUGCACUGGUGAUAAUGUGUGGUGAACAUGGGAGAUGUCAGAAAGGAUAGUUCAGUUUUGGACCUGACAUGUUUCAUUUCUGAAUAUAUUCUGACAAAAACUGUCGUCGACUGUAGCUUCUGCUAUUGUGCAAAACUGUGCUGGCAAAAUAUACAACUUUGUACAGUCAACGCAAAGUUGGCCAUGGGACUCCGGUGACUAGAAGUUUGUUCAAACUAGUGCUCAAUGUUACUCAGGUCUGUUUAGUUAGGCUAAGAUUUUUUACCUUUCGGUUAAAAAGCUACUUUUCUCUUUCUGGCUAUUG